AUGACGAGGCGGCAUGUGGCUGGCGACCCCGCUGAUGUCAUUGCUGAGGGGCAGUCUUGGUAUAUGAUUGGUUGGAGGGCCAUGACGGUGGAGGCGAGCACGGCCACAGCCAUGUGGCGCGGGAACUGUGGCGGCGUCGCCAUCUCCACGAAACCUGGUCCAGUCGUCAGUCGAGGGACGGACCCGGUCCAGGUCCUGAUCCAGGUCCUGAUCCAGGUCCUGAUCCAGUCGUCAGUGAAGAGUCCUGGUUCACGUCGGAGAGUCCGACGCAGUGCUGGCUCGGCUGCUCAGAGUCUGCUAGUCGUAGUUCGAUGGUUGUACUCGACGAAAGUAGCCGACCAAGGGACAGACCAAAGACCUCAUGAAGUCGGGUUAGGGUACGGGUGCUGA